GCCCCCGCCCCGCCGCGCUCCCUCGCUCGCGUCCGCCCCCUCCCCUCCCCUCUCCGCAGAGACCGGCCCGGCGUCGCCUCCGUCGCCCUCAGCCCGCCCGUUGCCGCCGCCGUUGGGGGCGGGGGAGGGAUUGAUGUGGAGGCCCCGAGCUGCAGCGCAGCCGCCAUGCAGCCCCCGCCGAGGAAGGUGAAAAUUACCCAGGAGCUAAAACUCAUUCAGACGGAGCAGAUGACCAAGCUUCAAGCUAAGCACCAGGCAGAAUGUGACUUGCUUGAAGAUAUGAGGACAUUCAGCCAGAAGAAAGCUGCCAUUGAGAGAGAAUACGCACAGGGCAUUCAGAAAUUGGCUAGUCAGUACUUAAAGAAAGAAUGGCCUGGAAUAAAAGCAGAUGAACGGAACGAUGUCAGGAGCAUGUACCCCGUGUGGAAGUCGUUCCUCGAAGGCACGAUGCAGGUGGCCCAGUCGAGGCUCAAUGUCUGCGAAAACUACAGGAACCUGAUUUCUGAACCUGCCAGAGCUGUGAAGUGUUUCAAAGAACAGCAGCUGAAAAAGUGUGUCGACCAGCUGACGAGGAUCCAGGCUGAAUUGCAAGAGACGAUUAAAGACUUGGCCAAGGGCAAGAAGAAGUACUUUGAGACCGAGCAGAUGGCUCACGCCGUCCGCGAAAAGGCGGAUAUCGAGGCCAAGUCUAAACUUAGCCUCUUUCAGUCGAGGAUAAGCUUACAGAAAGCAAGUGUAAAGUUAAAAGCCCGACGGUCAGAGUGUAACUCUAAAGCUACGCACGCGAGGAACGACUACCUCCUCACCUUAGCAGCUGCCAACGCGCACCAGGAUCGCUACUAUCAGACUGACUUAGUGAACAUUAUGAAGGCUCUCGACGGGAAUGUAUACGAUCACCUUAAGGACUAUUUAGUGGCAUUCAGCAGGACUGAAUUAGAAAUAUGCCAAGCUGUACAAAGCACAUUCCAGUUUCUUUUGGAAACGUCUGGCCGGGUAGUGCGAGAUUACAGUUUCCAGCUGUUCUUACAAGAGAACGCCGUGUUCCACAAGCCGCAGUCUUUCCAGUUCCAACCCUGCGACAGCGAUACCAGCCGGCAACUGGAAUCCGAGACGGGGACGACGGAAGAGCACAGCCUGAACAAGGAGGCCCGAAAAUGGGCCACGCGAGUGGCGCGGGAGCACAAGAACAUCGUCCACAGCCAACGGGCUCUUGAGGAAUUAGAGUGCCACGGGCCCGUGGCUUCCGAGCAAAGCCGGGCAGAACUGGAGCAGAAGAUAGACGAAGCCAGAGAGAGUAUCCGCAAAGCCGAGAUAAUAAAGCUGAAAGCCGAAGCUCGACUUGACCUCCUGAAGCAGAUCGGCGUUUCGGUGGACACGUGGCUGAAGAGCGCAAUGAAUCAAGUGAUGGAGGAGCUGGAGAACGAGCGGUGGGCCAGCCUCCCGUCGGUCACCAACAACGGCUCGUCGCACCUGCUGAAUGUCGACCUGGACAGGGAAGAAGGGGAAGAAUUGGAAGAUGGCCUGGACGCUUUCGAUGACAGCAGCUCCAGCCCUUCGGGGACUCUGCGAAACUAUCCGUUGACCUGCAAAGUUGUUUAUUCCUACAAGGCUUCCCAGCCGGACGAGUUAACCAUAGAAGAACACGAAGUUUUGGAAGUUAUUGAGGAUGGAGAUAUGGAAGAUUGGGUAAAGGCGCGAAACAAAACCGGCCACGUGGGUUACGUGCCUGAGAAAUACCUGCAGUUCCCCACGUCCAACAGUCUCCUGAGCAUGCUGCAAUCGCUAGCGGCCUUGGACAGCCGGUCCCACACUUCGAGUAACUCCACCGAAGCUGACCUAGUUUCAGGAAGCCUCAACGGGGACUCCAGUGUAUGUUUUGUAAAAGCACUUUACGACUACGAGGGCCAGACAGACGACGAACUGUCCUUCCCCGAGGGAGCGAUCAUCCGGAUCUUGAACAAGGAGAACCAGGACGACGACGGCUUCUGGGAAGGGGAAUUCAAUGGGCGCCUCGGAGUUUUCCCCUCGGUGUUGGUGGAAGAACUGACGUCCUCGGAAAACGGGGAGUCUCGGUGCUCUGCGGAUGCUCAGAUCUCCCCAUCUCCGAAGCCGCAGAACUCUCUGGCUCCGCUGCCGCUGUACGACCAGCCGCCCUCCAGCCCUUUCCCCAGUCCGGAUAAAAGAGGCUCCCAGUACUUCCCUAGAUCUCCGUCGACUAACGACAACAGCUUCACUUCAAACUCUCCAGGAUUCUCUCAGCCGCCGCGACCUCUUCCGGAGAGCACCUCUUACGGAAAGCUGAGACCUGUCCGAGCCGCCCCUCCUCCCCCGACGCAGCCGCAUCGUAGACCGACAGAGAAGAUCGAAGACGUCGAAAUCACCCUGGUGUGACCAACGGGGCCGACUGCCUGACGAUGCUACAAUCACGUCCAAGCGUCGGCGACGUUUCGUCCGCUCUUGUUCUUGGGCACCUUUGCAUGAUGGGAAGAGACUUUUGAAAAGAGAGCAGAAAAGGAGGAGGAGGAGGAUUUCCCAGAGACGUUAACUGUGACAGUGGACUCUCCUUCCUGCGGUCAUGAAUAUUUCGUGCCUUUUAUUUUUUGGGGGGGUGGUUGUUACCAUUUGACUUCAUUUUAUCUUCUUGCCAUCCUUCCUCUUUUAGCACAAAGCAAACGGGGCCUGUCGCGAGCAGGAGGCCCCCGGCAACCGAAAGAUGGCCUUUUUCCGUUUUUCAGCGGAGGCUUCGGAGGACUCCCUCUUUCGUGCCACUCUCAAACGGUCCGCAGAUUACGACUUUACUGUGCGGAAAUACUUCUGUGGGACAGCAUGUCCGAUAGCCGCUGCAGCGCACGCCGCGGUCCUCGUUGCGUGGCCUGUCUCUGUGCCGCGUCGGGAUGGAACGGGGACUUCUUUACUGGUGCUACAGGUUGCAGCAAUAAACAGGGCCGCAAUCCUCACGGGUGGAUGGAUACCCUCCUGUGUGAGGCGUGUAACGUGUAGGCCAGGCCAGAACAUACAUAGACCAUGUGCAUUAUUAGUACAGUAUAUUACUGUUGCCAUAGGAAUGUGUUUUAAUUUUGUUUUUCCUGUUCAAAUAGCAGUACUUACCUGGUUAGGUGAUUAAUCAGAAUGUGGGGAAUAGAGGAGGGGGACACAAGGCGUAGAUUUAAGGAGAGGCUGGAUCCUCUCCCCCCACCCACUCCUGCCCUGACAUAAGACGAGGGAGGGGAAAAAAUCUAUCAGUUAGACAAAUGCUGUGGAUUCUCCGGGUUAAUGACUUUGGUGUGCGCCUCUUCCCCAAUUAACCGUAAAACCUGAAUGUCAUGUUCCCAUUUUUUGUAUUAAUAUUUAUGCCGUGCAUUUAGUAAUAAAUAGAAUAUCUACUUCGGAAGUGCUGACUUAGUAGCGACUUUCCCCCUCCUCCCUUAGGAUAACACUGAAUGAGCAGGAUUUUCAUCUGACAGCUGGAAACAGACCAUCAUUCGCUCUCUCUUUUUUGGAAGCAGAUUGUUUUGUUCCGCCCCCUUUGCGCUGGGGUAACUUCUUAUCUCUGUUAUCGCCCGGUAGUUUUAUUCUCUGACCUUAGCAGUAGAUCUUGGACGUUGGAACCUCUGACUAGAGUGGAGAAGGUGUAAUGUUUUAGAAUAUUGGAGUGUGGUGUCUAGCUGUAGCAUCGGAUAGUCCUCAUCCCACGUGAAGCCCACCUGCCAGCUCAGACAGAGGCGAAGCUACCGGGGGGUGGGGGGUGCGCAUUGCACCGGGUUCAUGCCUGAACUUACCUUAGUUCAGCCUGAAA